CUGUAAUUUGCAUACCGCUUUGUACGUGAGACCAUCGUUCACGUGGGUGUUGUCUGCAUGGUAUAGUGUUACCAGAUUUUACGAGGAGAUUAUAAUUCAUCCAAUUGCUCUCUCGUAACCAUCAAAAUACCGGUAUUCCUCAGAAUGAAAGUGUUUAUCUUCGCUUUCGCUUUGGUUUUAUCUGCUUCGUCUCUAGUGCACGCAGUAAAGAAAUGCGAAAAGAUAGAUGCUUGCAGAUGUUCCACGGAUGAAGGAGAACUAAAUAUUUGGAGCGUUGCAGGACAGAAAACAAACGGAGCGAGGUAAGCGUUAGCUUUUUAAAUGUUUUAGAGAAGAUCGACUGAAGUGAAACUUUUAGUUUGAAUAAGCAUAAAGAACACGUGUAUUUGUCUGAAGAUUAGAAGAAAUUAAUUGUUAUGGCGUCACAAUGGCUUCGGUAUGGAAAUAACCUCAUCAAAACGGCCAGAAGACGUAACUGAAAAAUAAAUUAUUCUUCAGCUUGAUCGCAUUGCGUCUAGUGUUCAACUUGGGAGAGAAGCUGCGAUGAUAAAUGUGCAUAUAUUUAUAUAUAUCCUUCUUUAAAAAAGCGACACUGUAAGCAGAGCUUAACCAAGACCAAUGUUUAACUUGAACUUUGACUCCGGCCUUGGCACAGCAUGAAUUCGUGUAAAUGUUCUCGACCGGGUGGGAUUUCAUCUCCUUUACUCCGAGCGCUGCAGAGCGCUGCUACAGACAUGUGUAAUUUUUUCUUUCUAGGCCGAAGCACCUCGUUUUAAACAUUGAAGCAUGCCGCUAAUUUGUCAUGUGGCUCUGAAUUUUCCUCCUUCUGCCGACCAUCCCCCCUGCUGCGAGAGCUUGCUCACGGGCUAAAUUAUCUUCAAGUCGAUUGCAUACAGAUAGCGGAGUAAAUUAUUCCCGCUGGUAAUAUUGGUUGAAAAUAUUCUGCCGCGAGAUGAAUAAAUUUUUGCAUGAAUUUCGCGUUAACGGAAAAUUAGCAACAAAAACAAAAAGAGAACUAGCCGUUCUUUCUUAAAUUUUUGUCCAUCCAGAUUGUGUUUUUGGUUUAAUUUGUUUUUUUCUAACAUGCCUUUUGAUGAGAAAGUAAGCAGUCUAAGUUUGCCUAUGUUUUUUUUGCCUGCGAAGUCAAAACAUACCACGCGGUCAGUUUUCAGGGUGUCUUUUGUUACCCCAGUGAUUACCAGUGUUAAUUGUUCUGUCACGUCUUAGGAAAUAAAUUACCAUGACAACGUACUCCAGUUUGCGUGAUUCAGACAAAGUGUGCGUAAGAUAAGGUGUUAGAUGAGGGAGGAAUGGGGAGACUAUAGAAUAUAAAUACUAACUUCCUUUCUUAUAAUCGAACAGAUUCAACAUCUCGGCAUCCGGUCCCGCUCAAAAGUCGACCUACUAUCUGUGGAACCCCUGUAGCCCAAGGACCGAGCAGGGCGACCCCUGCCAGGAUUCAUCAGUAAGUUCGUACAAUUCGUGCUCUAAGAGAUUCCAGUGUGCAAUUACCACGUUGUGGCCGAUGUCGCUUAGUAGCUAUUUCAUACAAGCAAACACCGCAGACGUGGAGCGAGAACAAAGAGGACGCGAAGGGCGAGAUACGCGCCUCACGUCGACACAACAAUGCAAAAGAAGUAAAUAAAAUAAGAUCAUGCGUGUUGAGCAAGUUGAGCUCCUCCAAAAUUUUUGUCAGAGCUUAAUUAUUCCUACACCCCCUUUCUUACCGCACAGUGUACAAAAAAAAAAAGAAAAAAAAACGAAGGAUGUCAGUUGGCGUGGCGGAACUGAAUCUUUUCAGGGUACUCAGGCGUUAUGUCACGCAAUGCUCACUACUGUGGCGUGACAUUCUUAAUAAGAGCUGUGAGCAAAGCUAAGUCAGUGGUGAUUAUGGAAAGUAUGAUGAUGAUGUGAUAACAAUGCUAACGAUUGCCACGACGACGAAAUUAAUGAUGGAAAUGAUUAUCGUCGUUGACGACGACGACGCCGAGGGCAACACAAAGGGAAUAAAUGACUUAUCAAUAGCUACGUGUAACAUGACAUUGAGAUUAUGUUUCCGCAUAGCCGACAUUAUUGCGUUGCUGACAACGUCAAUUCUAAUCAUAAAUGAUCAUGGCAAAAAACAAACAUCAAGAAAUAAUGAUAAUUUUAAAGAACAUAAUUGUAUUUUAUCCUCAAUAUUAUAAUAGUGAGCCUGUGAGCAGGCCGUUAUUGAUAGCUUUACAGGACGCGCGAUUUUUCCGCCCGUGGAAAGAUGCGAGACAAAUCGGGGAGAGUUUACGGGGGUGAAGGAGGAUGAAGGGGGGUAAAGAUGUGACUCCUCUUAUGAACCUCUUGUCAGUUCGCGUACCUAAAGGCCUCAUAAUUUCCGGUUCGCGUACCUGAAGGCCUCAUAAUUUCCCGAGGGCCAAUAAACGUGCCGAAGCGCCAAUGAUGCAUAUCACCAACAACAAGUGCCAAUAACGAUGUCCUACUUGCAGCCUAAAUGAUAUGCCAUCAUCGGAAUAUUUCUAGAGUCAUCCGUGACGGUAAUGCUAACCUCACCAAAUUCUGCAGGUUUGUCAAGUUAGCCAGAUAACACUUUCUGACGUGUCACGCAAGAACAUUGGAGAACGCGAUCUCUCGGACUGCGUCCUUGACGAGAACAGUGGACAAUGUAUGUUGACUUAUGGAAUCACGGGGAACGACCAAAUGUAAGUAUUACUUGUUUUGCUGCUCUCUGAAUUUUUCACAAGUUGACUGAAGUUCACUCUGAGUGAACUUACGGGAAGUCUGUGGAUUCCUCAUGGCAAAUUUACACCGGAGUUAAUACCCUUAAUUUUUUGGAUCCAUGUCAGUAGUUGAGGAACUACACACCUACUCCUCCCCUACCCUAACUAUGACCCUUGCUUGAUGUUGGGUUAGGGGAGGGGGAGGUGCGACGUUUCUUAUAACACGUCAUUUUAUGGUGUGGAAAGCUAACCUUAUUGGGUGGUUAAAUUUUCACUUUAAAGGAGAACAUCGAUUUCCUUGGUGUGUAGUGAAACAGAAGUUGGAAAAGUCGACCCCAUGAGCGUCAAUGGCUCGUCCUAUGUAAGUUUAAAGCGGUCCUCGUUAUCGUUCUGCGUUCCUUUGCCUCUUCAUGUAAUCUUUCCUCUUGGACGCUUAUUAGACGAUCCAAACCCUUCCAGUGUUUCAAUGUUUUUUCAUCCUUUACAGCACACCUCCCUGCACAGCAUGUGCGCAUGUCCAGGAAGAUGUCUGCUCGACGCCAAAGAGGAUGCCGGGAUUCGGUUUGAUUCGUCAGAUGUAGGCGGGAGUGGAUUGAGUGUUGGUGCUAUCGUAGGAAUAGCGUGAGUGAAUAAAAUUACUUUUCUAAUGAUUGGACAGUGACCACCAAACAAUGAGGAUACCUGCACACUAGAUUAAUUCACUCCAACAAUUAACUUAGUGUCCAGGUCUCCUCAUUGUUUUACGGACCGGUUCGGUUUGUUGAGGAAAUUUUCUCAGUCUUCAGUCUUUCUACGUCGGCAAAUCAUCCUUUCAUUAGUUUUUGAAUUAAGAUUUACAGGAACACCCUAGUUAUAUAUUGUGCGAUCCAAAUGAAGCCGCCCACAUUUGCACUAGCUGAAUUUUCACUUUUUCAUUUUCUCUUACAGAAUUGCAGGUGUCAUCUUCCUAAUCAUUUUGCUUUUUGCAAUUUUUAUUUGCUGCCUGCGCCGCAAGCUUCCCUCUGGUAUUCCCAAGCCAUCUGUCUGUACUACGGUGAAGGUAGGUGGAUUACAGUGAAAUUAUUUCAGAUUAUUCAAGAGGCUUUUUUCACCUUAUCAGCGAAGCAAGGGCUGAGGAAGGGUUGAAUAUAAAUAAAGAGUACUGCCUGUUGCACGCGUUCAAUUGGUAAAACGGAGUGAAGUAGUAAACGGCGCUAUAGCAGCGGAAGAGUGAAAAAGCGAAGGAGGUCUGGGACGGGUUCGGUUCAUUGCGCGCCUUGACCCACGCCUCUCUCGUUUCUUUACUCCUCUGUUACUAUAGCGUUGUGUAUUAUGCCGAUUAUUUUUGAUAACCGAACGCCCAGUGCAGUCCUUGGAGAGUAAAACAAGAAGUUCUUGGUAUCAAGGGGAAAAGGGUGUAGUUACGAUUGUUUCCUUGGUUUCCUUGGCACCCUAUCCCCAACCCCCUUGUCCAGUUCUCGCGUGACAAUCAUUAAUAAUCCACCUAUAAUGAAUACCAGACCCCCGGCAAACCUCUCCCCGACUCGUUUCAAUCCUCCCUCGGGCGGAAAAACGCCCAUCUUACAGCGCUUAUAAUGAGAGCCUGCUCCUUUAGCUAGCUCUCGCGCAAUUCAAGCGCAUGCUGUUCUUACAAACAUGAAGCUAAACAACAGCAACUGAAAAAGAAAGACAACAAUGAGUAUACUCUUUUCUGGCUUAUUUGUUAUGUAUCGUUUUAUGCAUAAAGGUUGCUAACGCCGUAUUUUCCUGAUUCAAUUUGAAUUGAUUUAGGUUGGACUGGGUGUGAUCAAGAAGAAACUAUGUCCAUGCUGCUAAAGAAGGGAGAGAGAAACGUGUUCCCAACUGAUCUAAACCAGAGAUGCGUUCGAGCUGACCGAAUGGGAUUUUUGAACGACUAUUAGAGGUCAAGAAUAUACCAGCACUUUUUUCCUUUUCAAAUCCUGACAUCCGUAUAAAGCGAAGGAAACUUUGGAUCACCCCCCCCCUCUCCUCAUCUUCCAUCAGACUUUUGGUGUUUUUUAGUAUUUUUCUGUCUCAAAAAUUGUUACAACGAUGAAAUCACAUGUUGCUUCACCAGGCAAUUGUGUGAAAGAAGGUAAUUUGUUUUCUAAAUAAUGAAUUCGAUGUCCCCUAUCAAAAAUAUUUGGAUCCGCCCAUUUUUCGAAUCUUCUGUCUCAUCUAUUCAAUCACAAGAUGCAAAGCCAUCGACAAAAAGUGCGGGAGAAGCUAUGGAAUAUCUGUUAAAGCUUUGUAAUUCUUGUCCCAUUCCUGAUUGGACAAGAAAGUGAACUUGGUUCCCAUUGGCAGUAAGACCACUUUGGGUGAGCCAAUUACAGGAGUCCAACAAACUAUCGACAUACUUUUAGCAGUCGCUCAAAAAUUAUCCUGGUUGAGGGGAAGUUUUUGAAAUGUUAUGCACGUGUGAUAAGGUUGCUGUUUCAGUCUCAAAUAUACCCAUCGUAUGUUCCUUCUUCCAUGUCUUAGGCAUGAUUAUCUCUUCUUGUACUUACGAGACAUUUUAUUGUUGCUUAACUUAAAAACAGAAGCACUACAAAUGAAUACGUUUGAUCGCAGUAAUUCGC